AUGACGGCCGCGUCGCCUGACCAUCCUCUCGGCCUCUCGGCCGAUCAGGUCGCCAAGUUCCACACCGACGGCUACCUCAUCAUCCCCGGCGCCAUCCUGCCGUCCACCACCGCGGCGCUCCUCAACGAGACGCACAAGAUGCUCGCCGAGUUCCCCAUUGAGACGCACCCGCUGACGCGCUUCACCACCGGCGGAGCCGACGACGCGGAGCACGUGGGCGACGCCUACUUUCUCGAGUCGGGCGACAAGAUUCGCUUCUUCUUCGAGGAGGACGCCUUUGAUGCCGCGGGCACCCUCAUCAAGCCCAAGGAAAAGGCCAUCAACAAGAUUGGGCACUACCUGCACGGGCUCAGCGCGCCGUUUGCCGCGCUCAUCGACGACGAUGCCUGCCGCGGCAGCGGUUGCCUCGCCGCCGGCGAGGAGAUUUCACAUCAGCCCGUCAGCCCCGCGGCGAUUGCGCGCAGCCUCGGCUUCCGCGACCCGCGGUGCCUGCAGAGUAUGGUCAUCUGCAAGCAGCCCGAGAUUGGCGGCGCCGUGCCGCCGCACCAGGACUCGACCUUUUUGUACACGAACCCCCCUUCGGCCGUCGGCUUCUGGUACGCGCUCCAGGACGCCACGCUCGAGAAUGGCUGCCUGAGCUUCCUGCCCGGCUCGCACCGCUGGGCGCCGGUCGAGCGGCGUCUGGUGCGGCGGGCUAACGACGGCGGCCAGGGCACCGAGAUGGUGGACAAUGAUGGACCGCGGUUCCCCGAGGGGGAGGGGUACGACGCCGCGGGCGCGCCGGCCGGCGGCCCGCGCGACGACAUGUAUGUGCCGGGCGAGGUGCGCGCGGGGGACCUGGUGCUCAUCCACGGCAACCUGCUGCACAAGAGCGAGAGGAACACGAGCGCCAGGAGCAGAAUCAUCUACACGUUUCACAUCAUCGAGGGGCAGGACAGAGAGUACGAUGAGCGGAACUGGCUGCAGCCGCCAAAGGAGGGCUUCACCAAGCUGUAUAAGUGA